CACAGAGUGCUCCUGAGGGUUAAGUACCAAUAUUUCACACCGUAAAGCUACCAGUUGGAAGAUGAGAGUUAUCCCAAACAACUGUGUUUCUGAAAUUAAAUACCCAGAGAGUAUAGCAAGAGCAGAUGGUGUUGAUUAUAAUCCAGUUUUGAAUUUGUUUGUAACGUUCAAUUAUAACUACGAUGGUGCAUGUGUUUGGGAUUCCUCCACUGGAAAAGUCUUAGCUAGAUUCGAUGAAUUAGGUGAAAACUUCCGUGACGUGCUGUUUUUACCAGGAAAUCACCUAGCUGUAAGUUCGUCAGAGGCACAUCACGGUGGCUGCAUAAAGAUCUGUUUCUUUGAAGAUGGCAAACCUGCCUCUGUUAAAUUUGUAAUUGAUUCCGAAGAUCUUCCCGUGGAUUAUCCAGGAGCCAUAGCUUUGUCUCCAGGAAGGAAUCUCCUUGUCUCUGAAGCAUUUAAUGGUGGAGAUCUCUACGAGGUAUUAAUAGACUGGGAUAAUUUGAAAGUUCUGAAAUCAAGAGAAAUUAUCCCCUCAACAGAGGAAAGCGUAGAAGAUCAGAUAUUACAGCUUUCCUGUUCUCAGAAUUUCGAUGUUGCAAGGUUUGAUAUUUCUUCCGAUGCAAUAUUAGUUGCAAAAGUGACCGAAUUUAGCACUGAAGGGAAGGCACAGACCCAGAAGCAAGAGGAAAUCACAUAUUAUGUACUUGAUGGAGAAGAAAAACGAAUCGCAAGCAAUGAUGGUUCACAUGUACCUGGACUUGCUCAUGAUGGACAAAACCUAAUCAUUGCCACAGAAAAUGAAAUUGUAUUGCUGGAGUCAGCAACAGAAGGGAGCAAUGCACUUCUUAUUGCAUCAGGUGUAAAACCUUCUGGACAAAUAAAGAUAAACUGUGAAGGCCAAUUGAUGGUCUGUGAAAAAAAUGCAAUCAAGUUGUUUGAAUACAAGAAUGAAAUUCGGUCACUUCAGAGUUUGUGCCGGCAUUACAUCCGAGAAGCAAUUAGCACUAAUUUUGCUAGAAAGGAAAACAAUUCAAUAAUUCCAUCUUCACUGAAAGAUGAUGAUGACAAUGCUGAUGUUAGGGAUGAUGGGGAUGAUGAUGAUGAUGAUGAUGAUGAGGAUGAAAUCAGAGAACCAAUUCAUACUUACUAUGCCAAAAUAGUACACAAAUUAACUAUUCCUUCCUCACUGAAAGAUUACCUGCUGUACAAAUCAAACUGAGCUAAUGAGAUAACUAGAGUUAUUUAUGGGAAAUCCUCAUCAGUUAAACCAACGUCUGUGUGGGUCUUGUCUUUUCCCUCAUAGCUGAGGAUUAUUAAGUUUGCCAACCAAAAUGAAAGGGAAAUAGGAGAGUGACUGGAAUUCUGUCCCUGAGUUAAGUGCAUUUUCAGAGUUGCUUUGCCUGAGUGAAACCAAAGCAGUAAUGAUAUGUUAUUAUCUCCUUUGAGAAGAAUAUGAUACACAAAUAUUGGUACAUAACAGUAUUACACUUACUACGAUGUAACUGAGAUAUAACUACGUGAAUUAUAUAGUUUAAUCUAUAGAUUAGAUGUCUGUUAUACAUUAAAUAGUUCAACUGAGUUUCAGACAGCCAGCCAGACAGUUUUAGAUCAAAAGUUUUAAAUUUCAUUUA